UUAGGUUGUAAUAUCAGGAAUGUGUAGUGAAUUGAUUAGAUUGAGCACACUCAUAUUGAAGUGGCUCUUACGUAGUAUAUAGUCUUGCUACGAUGUUUAUGUCAUGUUUAUUCUUUCAGCAUUUAAAUCACAUAAAGAGUAGGUAUUAUCUUGUUUGUUGCCUUUUGUACAUUAGCUUGCCUUAAAAUCUCUUAUUCCACCCACCCAAGUAUUAUUUGGAGUAACAAUCAUCAUUACACUUGUUUUAUAGCAGCCAAAAGAACCCUAAUCAAGCCUUUAUCCUUGAGCUGCUUUACCUGAAAAAUGAGGCCAACAAUGAUGCUUAGGGCUCUGAACAAGCAGUUUCUUGGAAUUGUUGGUGAAGCUGCAAAUACCAUUGUUAAGAAGCCAGCAGCACCACUUCCUCCUCCAGUGUCGCACAAACCAGCAUUCAUUGAUGCUUUCCUGUACAAGAUGAAGAAGAACCCAAAGCUUUUGGCAAACAAGACCAUUUGGUCACGGAGAUCCACUAUCUUGCCGGAAUUUGUUGAUUCCACUGUCAAGAUUUACAAUGGGAAAACCACUAUUCGUUGUAAGAUCACUGAGGGAAAAGUGGGUCAUAAGUUUGGAGAGUUUGCUCUCACCAGGAAACGCAAAACCAGAGAACAAGCCAAUGCCAAAAAUGUUAAACAACUUAAGAAAAAGAAGUGAUUCUUUUUUCUCCAUUUGGACAAAUUAAUUUCAUGGAGGUUACAUUUUCUUCAAUUAUUUACAUCAGCGUGGUUGUUUCUUAGGUUCUCUAGAUAGUUGUUGAAGACCUCUUACAGUUUUCCCAGAUAGAAUAUUGGCAACAAGGACUUUCAUGAAAUUGGACAGUGAUUGCUGUUGAAUCAGUUCUUUGACUAUUUAAACUCUUUCUUCCGGUUAUAAUUUAAUGUGUGGAUGAUAUAUCACUUAUUGAUCAAUUUAUGCCCAUGACUUUUGGGCGACCUGAA